AUGAUUAAUGCAACGCAGUCCUCCAACAAUUAUGAACACAACAGUGCGUCGAAAUUCGAGAAAAUCUCCGACUCCGUCAUAGGAUUAGAUUACGAAAACAGACUUCAUUAUAUAAUAGCAUUUUGUGCAGUGAAUGUCAUCUUCUGUAUCACUGCUUCCUUCGGAAACAUUGCGAUUCUACUGGCGCUGUGGAGGACGCCCUCUUUACAUUCAGCAGCAAAUGUUUUGUUAGCAAGUCUUGCGGUUUCAGACCUUUUUGUAGGUUUGCUCAUUGAACCAUUCUAUAUAACAUUGGUUUUAACAAACGCAACGUUUCAUUCUCGAACUGUAAUAGUGUUUGAGUUUCUAAGCAUCUUUCUAUGCACUGCGUCUUUUACCACCACGACGGCAAUCGGCAUCGACCGCCUCCUCGCACUUCAAUUGCAUUUGAGGUACAAAGCUGUUGUAACGCCGCUUCGUAUCACCUGGGCAGUAAUUGCAAUUUGGAUAAUCUCGGGAAUAACGUCCAUGAUACUUUUACUCAAUUCGUCUUUAAACCCAGUGCUAUAUUGCUGGCGAAUCCGUGAGAUUGGAAUGAAUAAAAACAUACCUGAUCAAAACUCGGCUUUUACGUCUGAGUUUAUGGCGGUGUCUAUGGUAACCGGGGAAUUUCACCUUUCCACUUUAAAACCGCUAAUCAAAUAUGGAGAAAAAUUCAUUGAAAAUAAACAGUUCGUUGAAAAAGCUGUUAGCUCUCGCGAAGAUCUUACAAUAGCGAGAGCAAAGGAAAACUGGGCAUAA